GUCAACCUUAGCUCGCUGCAUUUCGCCAUAAAGAUUGGAAGGCAAUCCAGAACCGCAUCACCAUGCGCGAUAGCGGUCCAAGUCCUCUCGAUCCCUUUGCGCGCCACACAAUGCCUCGAAUCUCUGUCGUUCUUCUUCUUCCUCUUCUCCUCCUCUCUCUUUGGCCGACCGCUCGAGUCAGCUCGCACCAUGAAUCGGGCCAGUGGAGCUGCGAGCCCGAGUUGGAGGUCCGAAUCGAGGCCGGCUUCAAGCCCGGAAUCAUCACUUUGGAUGGGCACGGCGACGAUUGGAAGGAUAUCGAGGGGUCUGAGUUUUCUCUGCUUCCAGCGCUCGACCCAGAUGCUGACAAGGAGUAUGGCGGGGGGAAAAUGACCGUUAAGGCUCUGCACGAUGGGACUAGUGUGUUCUUCUUGUUGCAGGUUGAUGGGAACUAUGUUUACUCUAAAGGGGAGAGCCCCAAAUGCCCCUCAGUUGCUCUAAUGUUCCAAAUCGGUGAUAGUGCAACCUAUCAUAAUAUGGGAGGGUGUAAGGAAGGAACUGAUACAUGCACAAACAAAACAUGCAAAGGCCAUGAAGUUGACAUCAUGCACUUUUCAAUUGGGACUGCCAUUCCUGGGCGACUUUAUGGUGGAAAUCCAAUAGACAAUGGAGAGGGAAAUGGGGGGGACAGAUUUGGCCAUCUGGUUGAUCUUUAUGCUUGGAGCCCACAUUGUAGAUACAUUGAUGGAACUGGUCCUACGGGGAAUGACUCCAGUGCACAGAAUAACUGGGAUGGAGCAUGGUGGCAUAGCAGCUUCAAUGUUCACUCAGGUUUUGUGGAAGAAGACAGUCCAUAUGCUUCAGAUGGUCAGAAGGGCACAUAUUACUUUGAAUUCUCUAGGCCUUUGCGAACUAUGGAUCGCAUACAACAGGAUGCCCAGUUUGCUAUAGGUAAAUCAAGCAAGAUGUCAGUGGCAUUCUGGUAUCCCAUCAAUGGUAACCCAUGGCACGGGUCGGGGCAUUUCUCCAUCAACUGUGACUGGGUACCUCUGGACAUAUCCUUUGGAGGCUCGUCCCUCACAAGGACGGCAUCACAAAGUUCAUGGGAUGCAACUACGGCCUUCUCUCUAUUGUUGUCUGUGGUCUCAUUGUGCCUAUCCGUUUUCGUGGUGUACCGAGUCUUUGGACCGAGGAGCAUUCCAUAUAAACCCAUGGAAAUAGCUCUAGGGUAGAGUCGUAGGACAGUCCUGGCAUUGUACUAUUAGAUUUGUACUUCUUAUAUUAGUACCACUUCCUAUAGUUCAACUUUGCUUGUGCUUUCUAUGUCAUUUUUUUUUUUAAA